AGUAGCUCCUCGAGAAAUAAUGUUGUUCAAAGCGUUACCAUUGUUCCUGGCAAUUGGCACAACCCUGGCGAUGAUGCCGCUGAAGCCCAAGAUCGACUCCGAUCGCAGUCUAAUGGACUUUAUGCUUAGGUCGCGUGGAGUGGGCUCAAGCAACCCAGCACUGAACCAGUACUGCUUUAACCGCUACUUGCCAAUCUUGAAGGACAUUACGGAUCAGUACGAGGCUGACUAUGGCAAGUGUGUGGACACGUAUAAGGCGGAGUGUGAGGCAAUAGACGCAAAAUACUACGAACCCCGUGAAAAUUUGACCGCAACAGCUAAGGAGACCUGCGAUGCACUGCUGAAAUGUGAUGGCAACGUCCACUAUGUUGAUGCUUUUGACUGCUUCGCAAGCACAGGCUCCGAAUAUUCCAAAAAACUGUUCACUCUGUCAUCGGAUGCCGGUGAAUACGGCGGAAUCGUGAGGGAGCUGUAUCGUGCCGCUGACACCGUGGCCGAGUUCUGCGCCAACUAUGCCGAAAGAGUAUAUUGGGAAAAUACCGACAGCACAUAUGCUGAGUUGCAGAAAUGCCUGAAUGGCGACAGCAAAUGAAUAACUCACCUGAACAUGUAUUAUUUGUAAAAAAAAAAAAAUUGUAUGUAAUAAUUCGUAUAUAAGAAUGCUUAUCCUCUGCAUACUCGGGAUAUUUUUUAAUUUAUUUAUUUAAUUAAAAGCUAAAAGCCUUGUUAAAAUAU